UUCUGCAGUACAUCUUCAAACCAGAAAUGUGACCGAUGUGAUGGUGACUAUGGCUCAGCGCUUGGAUCAGCCUAUAAGAAGAGUGACGACAUGAGACAAUGCAUAAAGCAAUGUUCAUGGAGGAGUGACAGCAAUGCCUGCUACCCAGGAUCCUGCACAAAUGCCCAGUGCACAUGCAGCAGUGGCUUCUCAGGAACUGACUGCAGAACAUUGGGCAUUAGUCAAGCACCAGACCUAUUGGAGCACCGUGCCACUUUGGCUAUCGGGACAACAACUCUGGAAUCACCCACAGUUCAGGGUAGUACAGACACUGUCUUCACCAACGUACACAACUUUACAAACAUCACAACCAACUGGAUCAGUUCUUACCAGCCUACAGGACUACCAGACCCUAGUAGUGGUGGACAUCCAUACAUUCAAAGCAUUGGGCUUGGUGUUGUAGGUGCCAGAGUGACAGCUUCUGUGAAUCGCAACCACAUUGUGACAUAUUCAAUAGGCUUGCAGGAUUGUACGACAUCUACGACUGGAAAUUCUUUCAAUCAAAACAGUCCGGCAACAGUCGCAGUAUCCUGUCAAUUUACAUUCAACUUGAACUACAACACCUGGACACCAGCUACAGGAGAUGUACUGACGUGUGAUGUAUAUUCUACAAGUGGUGGGUACAUGAAACUCCACGACAGGGAUCAUUCAAGCAAUAUUAUCACACGAUACUACAACGACAGGACAACCUCCAACUCUUCAACUUUCACCUUUGACUUUGUUGACCCCUACCACUGUGUAGACGUUGGCAGUGGAUGUGGAACCACUAUGCUAUAUGCAGGGAAUGAUGUUACAUCACAGGCAGAGAUAAAUGUCACCUGGCAAGGCUGGGCAGACAAUCUUGCAGGCAUCAAGGAAUACGAACUUGAAGUGCGAAAGCUAUCUGGUAGCCAUGGCAAUGAGAUGACAGAAAUGUUUGACAUUCCACCCGUUUAUAGUGGAGUGACCUUCUCAGGUCAGAACAUCACUUUGCCCCAUGUUGGUGUAUACUCCUUCAUCCUGAGCGUUGUGGACAAUGCGGGCAAUGUCAGGCACAGCAGACGCUUUGUGUUCUUUGACGACGAUCUACACGAUGUCACCCUUCAAGAUGACUUCUCUCUACGCGUUGUCUCAGCGACUGCAGAAACCAACUAUGUGUGGAUGACCCAUCUAGACUUCACUGGAGGGUCGACAUCUGUACAGCUUCAUUGGACAAACCGAUUUAUUAAUGUACAUCAUCUCAACCAAGGAUUGCUAAAACCGAUUGGGUCCUAUGUUGCUGGUUCUGUCGAUUCAGACUAUGAUCAGAACUUUGGGCGGCGUAGCCGUGCAGCCAUCCCUAACUCCCUUGGUGUGACAGAAUUCCGCGUCCUACACGACAUCGACCACAGCGGUGGCAGGACCACAGUCAACGUGAGUGACGACGACUCAGACCAUUGGAGUAGUGAAGGCACAAACACACAAGCAACGUAUAACCUUACCCUAGUGGAUGGUGAUUCCAUUCGGUUCUGGGUGGAGGCCAGGGAUUUGGCUGGUCACUUUGUGAGGGACAGUGUGUUGGUUCAUGCUGAUUCUUCCCCGCCUGUUAUUGAAAACUUUUGGCUGGUACGGGACGGGGAGGUGAAUGUAACCGUUCAUAAUUCAGAGGAUCUGGAUAAGAUGAGUGUUGAAUUCAGGACAUAUGACAUUCACAGUGGUAUACGAACCAUCAAGUGGCUUCUCUUUGACAACCACACUGGCACAGAGAUGGAACAUGGCAGUCAGACAUUGCCGGCCAGGAAAAUCAAUACGGACACUGAGGAUUGUGAUCCCGUCAGCUGUAUGUGUGUCCCAAUUGGUGAUUGUUACGCAAUAGACUAUGGUUUCCACCCAACAAUGCACAUUGGCACCCAUGACUAUGAUUACUACAUCACCCUGACGGUGACCAACCAAGCAAGACUAGUUACUACCCGGACAAUCAAGAUAACAGUGGAUUCCUCUGCUCCUCAAGCUGGUGCAGUGCAUGAUGGGAUACCUGGGUCCAGUGAGGUAGACUUUCAGGAGGGCAGUGACCUCUCGGCUUAUUGGGAGGGGUUCUUUGACAAGGAGAGUGGGGUCAAGUUCUAUCAGUAUCUGUUUGAUGACUCCUGUUGGACCGGCAAUACAUCAAUCGGCAGUGUCAGCAAUGAUAUGACGAGGACAACUUCCACUCAUGCCAGUUGGACAGCCCCCUCGCCUGGUCAGUACUACAUCACUGUCAUCGCGUAUAACCGUGCCCUGGAACCAUCGGAGGCCGUCUGCUCUGACGGUGUCGUGAUUGAUACCAGCCCUCCAGAGCUGACCCAGAUUGCUGUCAGCUUUGCUCGGAUGUUGCCUGGCCUGGCCAAGGAUGCUGAGGGUCGGGUGUGGUUCAUCAAUGAGCAUCGCAGGAAGAUGGAGCUAAUGAAUGCGUCCAGUGACUGCAGUUCCAUAGCUGUUUUGAUAGAUGAUUUGUCAGUUUAUCCUGAGCUAGCUGGUAGCAACGACUCUUCAGCAAUACUAGAGGGAGACGUAAACUGUCUGUGGAUUUCACCCAUUGAGCAGAAGUUCUUCCUCCCAACGGACAAACACGUGACCAUCUCAUGGAUUGGAGAGGAUAGAGAGAGCUCCAUCUAUGACUAUGAGAUAGGUCUGAGCAGUGACCCCUCAAACCCGACCCCUGACUUGGUGACCUUCAUGUCAACAUCAGGUCAUGAUCACUUUGUGAUGUACCAUCCUCAUAUCAGCCAUGGAGCUGUGUUCUUUCUGGUUCUGAAGGCCAUCAACAAGGCUCAGCUAUCUACAUCCAAGGUGAUUGGUCCAAUAGUAGUGGAUACCACUUCGCCCAUGUUUGUUGGACGUGUCUCUGUCCAUGUGGAGGAUGAAUACUUGAUUGCUAAAUGGGGAGUUGAUGGCUUCAUUGAUGAUGAGGAUACCAGCCUGAGAUACCAAGUUGCCAUCGGGAGUAGCCCAGGUGGCACGGAAACUCUUGAUUUCCAGAAGAAGAAAGCCUACACAAUCGGUCCAUGUUCGUCCCAAGCAUCAUGUGCUGCAUUCUCAUUGGCUGACCUGGACUGGCAUAUCCAUGGUGAUCAUGAGUACUACGUGUCAGUCAGAGCACAGAAUGGUGCUGGGUUAGCUACAGUGGGGAUCUCAUCCGUUUAUAGACACAUCGUGCAGUUACCAUCUUUGGGUGUUGUAUUGGAGGUUGCACCCCCUCGGGAAGAAGUGUAUGUGGAUUUGGGGGUGGCCAAAGACAUUGAUGUUCAAAUGAGCAACACAAGCAUCUCAGCUCGUUGGUUUGGUUUUGAGCAUCCUCAUCUUGAUAUCAACUAUGAGAUUGCAAUCGGAUCAGAAGGAGGUGCUUCUGAUGUCAGUGGUGGUUUCAUUGAUGUCGGCAAUGCAACCUUCUAUCGACUGGAUGGACUAGAUCUCAUUCCACUUAUGACCUAUUAUGUGACCAUCCGUGCUAACUCUGAAGCUGGUAGUGUCAAUGUUACCUCAGACGGUGUCAAAGUCAUUCAGGAGGGUCAGGUUCUGGAGGGAGCUGUGAUCAAAGAUGGACUCGGCUGUGAUCAAAAUGCAACGACUGUGCCAUCAGGAUUAUCCCACCACUCAUCUGCUGCCCAUCAACCCUGUGAGGAUGACACCACAUACCAGUCUUCUACCUCAGACAUUUCAGCUCGUUGGACCAUCCCUGAGGUGCUGCAACCAUUUGUGACUGGCGUCUUCUGGGCAGUUGAACAAGAAAUAGAAAUAUACCUUGAUGAUGAGAACACUACGAUGGAAUGGAUCCCAGUGAUUGAUGAUCAAGAUCUUGGCAUGGCAUUCCAACAUGUUGGAGCUGGGCUAGGGUUGCAUGGUGGAGGUCAUUACAGACCAAAGGUUCAGUUUUGCCACGUUAGCGUUUGCUUCAAACCCGUUGUCACUGAUGGAUUCUGGGUAUUAUCCCAACCUCCUGAGGUCGGUCAGGUCACAGUCAGCAACGUUGAUAUUACGCAAGGCAGGACAGAUAUCAGUGUAGUCUUUCAGCCUUUUGCCCACGAUUACGUCCGUCAUGACGACCCGCGAGAACUGAUGGAUUUCUAUGAGUGGAGCAUUGCUGAGGAUGGUGGCGAUGGAGCCUUGCUCAGUCAGUGGACAAGGAUCCAAGAUUUGGUUAUGACUGGGGACGUGGCUCGCUUUACAGCAUCAUACAGUGGAUCCUUAGACCUAGAUGUCUGUCUGCAGUUAUCAGUGAGAGGCUACAAUAAGGCUGGUCUGUCAUCCAUCGCUAGCACUGAGAUUGUGGACUGUGAUAACGUGAAGCUGAUUGUCCCCCAUACUGUCAUUGAUGCUGAUCAUGAAGUCAGCAUGGAGCAGAAUGCAAUGUGGCCGGAACCAGACAAGAACUACAUCUCGUCUACGUCCUCAUUAUCCGCAGUCUGGCCCACAUUACGUCAUAGAGCCUACGUCUGGGCAGCCAUUGAAGACACUGGAUCAUUUGGAAACUUGGAUGAUGGUCUGCAGUUUCCUUGUGAUCACUUGAAAAGGAUUGCCUGCGGGAAUACAGAUAAAGAGUUUGUCAACGUUCCUGAUUUGGUCCUGCAUCAUGGCAAGCGUUAUCGCAUUUGCAUCCAUGCUGAUGAAGUGACAUUAGAACAUGAACUUUGGAAUGAACUGUUGCCUGCUGUGUCCAGCUGUAGCGAUGGCGUUGUGGUCGAUACGACCCCACCUACCCCUGGCUCUGUAUGGAUUGGAUGGAACCAGCAUCAAACCUAUCAAAGUUCCAGCUCAGAGUUAGUCCUACAGUGGGAGUCCUUCACUGACAUUGAGGAACAUGGUUUAGCUAGUCAUCACUCAGGGGUCAAGUACUAUGAAUAUGCCAUUGGUUCGAUGCGAGGUGGCAGUGAUGUGAUAGAAUUCACUCGUGUUGGAAUCACUAACAGCGUUAUUGUACACAACUUGAGAUUACAGAAUGGACACACAUACUAUGCCACUGUUAGAGCGACUGACUUUGUUGAUCUGUCAUCACAAGCCAUGUCAGACUCAGUCACCAUUGAUAUGUCGCCUCCUGUCAUCAGUGCUGAUCACACACUGGACAUUGGAGGCAGCUUCAUCCGGUCUACAACUUCCAUCUCAGCAAGUUGGAAGAAUGUGUUCUCAGACAAGGAGAGCAGUGUAGCAUAUUAUGAGUGGGCAGUGGGUUCACAUCCAGGUCAUGCAGACAUCAUGCCAUUUACAAGAGAGAAUACAGAGAUAGGGGUCAGUGACCCUUCACGACCUUUGCACCUUCAAGAAGGUCACUCAUAUUUCAUUUCAGUGAAGGCCAUCAAUACUGUAGGCCUAAUCAUCCUGAAGAGUUACGGAGCAUUUACAGUUGAUGCGAGUCCCCCAUUGGCUGGCCACGUUCUUGAUGGGGACCCAGCGGAUGCCCCGGCCAAUCACAGAGACCAGGACUUCCAGAAGGAUCGCACGGUGAUCAACGCAUUCUGGGAAGGGUUUCAUGACCCGCACUGUGCUAUUGUUGGUUAUUCCUGGAGAGCUGGGAUGUGUUCAGGGUGUAGCGAUGUUGUGCCUGAGCAGCAUGUGGGCUUGGACACUGAUGUCCGUGCUGAAAACCUAAACCUGGUGCCUGGUCUGACCUACUACGUGACAGUGACGGCCUGUAAUGUGGCUGACCUUUGUACCUCAGUGACGUCUGAUGGGGUCACGGUGGAUGACUCUCCCCCAUUGCAGGGGCGUGUCUAUGAUGGUGGUCCUGGAGGUGGUGAUAUCAGCUACCAAUCGUCAAGGCGUCAAUUGCGAGCUCAUUGGUGGGGCUUCCAUGACCCUCACUCGGGCCUCUCCCACUACGAAUGGCGCGCUGGCACGACUGCAGGAGCUGAAGACAUUCUCUUCUCUACACGCAUUGAGCUGUCAGAAGAUGUUCUGAUAUUUCUAUCAGCAGCAGACCAGAUACCGCUUGGCACUGAUAUCUACAUCACAGUCCGUGCCUAUAACCGGCUUGGUAUGUGGAGUCAGGCUACAUCUAAUGGGUUCUGUGUGGACUCUAGCCCUCCUGAUGUAGUGGAUACACCCACUGUCGAUGUGACUCAGGGGAUGGCUGUCACAAACACUCAAGUUAUGCAGGAUCUGAUUCACUUUUCCUGGAAGUUCAAUGACCCUGAAAGCGGUAUAAAAGACCAGUAUGUAUCAGUCAGCACACAUCACAAUGGAGAUGUGAAUAUACCUUCCACAAAGAUUGCAGGGAGUGAGUUGGACUACACGUUCACCAAUCUGACAUUACAUGAAGGCAGUCAUUACAUCAUUACCGUAGUGGCUUGUAACUUUGCUGGUCUCUGCACACAGGCCAAGACGGAACCCUUUUUGGUUGAUGGUAGCCCACCUUCUGUUGGGACGUUUGCCGUGGGCACAGAGAGUGCUGCUAAUUUGGAUCGUCAUCAUAUCAUCUGGAUUGAUCCAACUGAACCAGCUGAAAGUACUCCAACUGAACAAAGUACAACUCCUGAUGGAACAAACACGACAAAUGUUUGUAACUCUACCGACUCAAUCAACUCUACCACGGAGAGUCCAGCGACCACCCCAUCUCCUCCACGCUACCACUCUGGCUGGAUGACGUGGCUUGAAGACCCCCGUACAUCCACUGGUUCCUUAGCCCUUGCCUGGCUGGGAUUUGCUGAUGUACACUCUGGUAUCAGCCACUACUUGGUCUCUGUCGGACGCACCUACAGCGGCUCUGAACUCACUCCGAAUGGACCCGUCCGUAUGAAUCACAGUAAUGACGGCAUGUCAUUGGACGAAGGCAUUGCACAGACAGCCAUCUUCCCACUAGAGGGCAGUAUAACAGACCCAUCUCAUCCGUAUCUCUACAUCUCCAUCUGGGCUGUUAAUGGGGUUGGGAUACCAAGCGGCCGCCAUCAUUCCACUUUCGAAGCCUCUCCUAAUCAACCAUACGAGGGCUCCCUUGUCCUGCUGCGACGCUGCUUGCCUACAACAUGCAAGGGCCAUUGUGCGUGUGCACCCAUUGAUAAAGCAUGUAAUCCAGACCAGUCUUGCACUGAUGCCACUCACAGUAACCCCAACACGGAGAUUGAAGUUCUGGAUGUAUUGGAUCUGAUGUAUGAUGAUAUCAAUAGCGUGAUCGAUAUUAAUGAUACAUCCACUCAGUAUGUGGCUGCUGCAGUAUGGCGAGUCACUGAUCAGAAAGGACUGGACAUUAAGUGGUUUGAAUGGAGCAUUGGUGAUGACUCUUCAUCAGAUCCUGUGGGAAUCUUUGAUCCAGUUCAGGAUAGGUUAUGGUAUGAUGUUGGACAGGACAACCAAACCAUUAUCACGCUGGAUGAAGAUCACAAGAUGCUGAAGGGAGUCAAGUACCAUGUGUUUAUCAGGGCCUGGUAUAAUCCUACUACAUACGCAGUGUUCAGAUCAGAUGGCAUCACCCUGGACAUCACAACUCCAAAAAUAUCAACAGUCAGAGGUGCAAAGAUUAAAGAUCUUGCCAGAUCUGAUGCCAGGAAAGACACUGAUUACUUGACGGAUCCUAACGUCCUCUUUAUCUCCUGGGAGAGAGUGUUUUUGGACGAAGCAAUGUCCCACUUCCAGGUGUCUCUGAGUACCUACCCAGGAGGUGAAGAUGCUCGUCAAUUUGCUGACCACACCUUCCCGGCCAGUGUGUCCUCCACACAGUUCACCAAUCUGAAUCUUAAGAGUGGACUGCGAUACUACAGCAACGUACGAGCGUUCAACAAAGCUGGUCUGCACACGCUCAAAAGCAGCGACGGCUUUGUGGUGGACAUAAGGAGGCCAGAUGCAGGCCUUGUGUUUGAUGGAACAGAUCUUCAUGACGUUGAAUACCAGAACUCCAGCACAACUAUCUCAACCUCUUGCCAUGGCUUUGUGGAUCUGGAAUCCUACAUAGACCAUUAUGAGUGGUGCGUUGGACAAACCCCUAGCCCUGGUGAUGAUGGCAUUCUGCCCUGCACCAAUGUUGGAAUACACCUGUCUACUUCCAAGACUCUAGCUGUGCCUCUAACAGAUGGCAUCCGAUAUUACUCCAAGAUUUCUGCCAUCGACGCAGCUGGCUUGCAGUCUGUAUCUGUCUCUUCAGAUGGGUUUGUGGUGGACACUACACCCCCUGAGCCACUAGAACAGAUAAUUCUAGAGGAUAACUUGAUCCAGAAUCCAUCAUUUGAAAAAUUGCAGGAACCAGACAUAACAGGUGAAUCCAAAUGUCAGUCCAUAUAGUAGGGGUUUUUUUAAUCAGUAAAUUUUGAAACCUUACUGUUGAUCUUUUCAGAAUACAUAAAUGAAGCCACAGGUACGUCUGAUCCAAAUCUCGGCAGAGUCUCUGAUACUUAUCCCACUUCUGCCACAAAUAUGCCAACAGAAGAAAAGUCAUCCACAACCAGGAUGCAUUUUACCAACAGUAAACAAGGUGAGGUACUACUUCAGUGGGAUGUUGGAUCUGAUAGCCAAUUUGCCGUGGUCACUUCGGGGAAGAAGAUUGCCCAAGAUGGUCAUUCCUUCUUGUCUCUUCAUGGCUCCAUCUCCCAAACCUUCAACACAACACAGGGAAGCCACUACCAAGUUGUGGUCUUUGCGAGUCACCCGGUGCCAUCCCACAAUCCUUUGUUGAAUCAGGAGGGUCGCAUCGAGGCUCCAGGAUUGGAUCGCAUCUUCAGGUUGUAUGACCGGCCGGCACACAGUCACUCUGACCAGAGUCUGAAGUCCAUACGCUGGCAUCAGCACAAAUGUUACUUUACAGCCAGUGGAGACGUAUCAACACUGAAAAUCUCCUCUGUAGGACAAUCAAAUGGGAUCCUAUUGGAUAAUGUUCAGGUAAAGCAGAUUACCACUGGACUGAGCACCGGUGAAGGGUCUGUAGAGGUACAUACCCAGUUUAUAUACAGCUGGUCAUCCAUCCAGGCCAAGUGGCAUUUCAUUGACCCUGAGAGUCCCAUAGUCGACUACACCUGGGCCAUAGGUACAACAAAAGGCGGCACCCAGCUACAAAGCUUCUCAUCAGUGGGUACACAGACAGAUGCAAUCAACACUGACGUCAUGCUGACACAUGAUUCCCAUGUCUACAUCACAGUGAUAGCAAGAAAUGCAGCUGAUCUCAUCACCAUAGCAACCUCUGACCCCAUACUGAUUGACCUAACGCCACCCAAGAUUCACUUUGUCAAAGAUGGUGGGGAUGAGAAUGAUAUUGACUUCAAAGCUGAUGAUUCUUCUCUGACAUUCAGUUGGUCAGCGUCUGACCCUGAGAGUGGAAUUGAAUAUUGUGAGUGGGCAGUUGGAUCAGCGCCUGGCCUUGAUGACAUCCUACCAAGCUCACCAUCUCCUGAUGCCACUUCCAGCAUCACCACCAGUCUGUCUCAGGCCAUGGUUGAGGGCCAGCGCCUGUAUGUAACCAUCACAUGCUACAACUAUGCUGAGAAGUCCUCAUGGAAAUCAUCAGAUGGCGUUACCAUAGUUACAGUGCCCCCUAGCUCAUCAGCAGCACUCAUCAAUCUGAAGACCGUGUCAGAGACUCAAUAUGACACACGCGAUAGGUACCAGUCACAGAGAGACUCUGUCAAAGCAUCCUGGGAUGGAUUCAUGGACCCAUUUGGAAUUCGGUCCUAUGAGUGUCAUCUGAGUGGACCCAACGCCUACACCUUCUGGUCACCUUGUGGAUCCACAUCACAGACCCACCUAGAUUGGUCAGGUCUUAGCCUGGUUGAUGAUGCGACCUAUAGCCUAUCAGUCAGAGCUGUCAAUCAUGCUGGUCUGAUCAGCCAAGCUAUCACUGGCAACAUCACUAUAGAAUCUUCCCUACCUAAACGGGGAGGGCUAAGCCUGCUGAGAUACUCCUGGCUUGGUGAUGGAAGAGUUGUUCUUACCUGGGAUGGUUUGUUCUCUGCCUCUCCUUCCUCCUCCUUGGUCUAUGAGGUAUCUCUGGGUACCAUCCCAGGAGGUAGUGAUAUCAUGCAGUGGGUGGAGACCAUGGAGACUGGUAUGCGUGUCUCGCCACUGGCUCCCUUCACUGACUACCACUUGACGUUGACGGCCAUCAAUGCGGCCGGCUUGUCACAGACAGUCAAUAAGAUCCUCAGGUUGUAG